AUGCUGUCAGCGAAGCAGACGUCAAAGGGGCACCGCCUUGUAUGUCUGCGAAACCCCUGGGGCGAAUUCGAGUGGAAGGGCGACUGGAGUGACAACAGCUCGCUCUGGACCGAUGACAUUGUGAAAGAAGUUGGCGCCACAUUCAACGACAAAGACGGGCUCUUCUGGAUGUCAUACCAGGAUUUCCGUGAGCACUUUUCCAAAGUCAACAUCUGCCACGUGCACUCCAAGAGUGGCACGGCGUGGAAGGACUUCCGCAUCAAGGGCCGCUUCCAGUACAGUGGCAGCGACGUGUCCUUCCCCUUCAUCAGCAUGACCGUUGAGGAUGCAACGGAGGCGUGGGUGUCCAUCCACCAGGAUGACGAGCGCAUCUUGCAUGGCCAGCCCUAUGUUGACCUCGGCUUUGUUGUUCUUCGCAAGGAGAAGGACGGCUCGCUUGCGUUUGUUGACGCGUGCGGUGGCGGCUGGUCGCGGGAGGCCCAGCUCAACAUCCCAACGCUCGCCCCGGGCUCCUACAUGAUCGUGCCCUUCACCUCAGGUCAUCGUCGCGAAGCCAAGGAAUCGCGCUCGCUCAGCAAGAUGUUUGAGGCCGAGGAAUGUUUCACCACCGGUUUCCGCCAGAUCAUCUCCGAGAUUUUCCGGCGCUACGAUGAGGAUAUGAGCGGCUUCCUCGCCUUCCGUGAAUUCUCUGAGCUGUACCAAAAGGCAUUCAACAAAGACCUGAGUGAGGACGGGUUUGCUGCGCUGCUGCAAGAGUACGACAGCACCGACACGGGAAUCACACGCGACGGAUUCCGCGAUUUCCUCGCCCAGCUCAAAGAGGACCAAGUGCUCAAAGUCAUCAGGAACCUCGGCUACAACGAGAAGUUUCAUCUCGUGGACGAGCGCCGGUUCAUUGUUUCCGUGCAUGCGGAGACGGCAGCCUGCACCCUCAAGCGCACGCCCUACGACUCAGCCCUUCACGAGGACGCCCUCACAAAGUGGGUGUCUGCGACGGGUGUGCCCACGGAGUACGACAACGGCAACCUCAUCGUCUAUCAGCUCUCACGGGGAACCGCCGGCACCACCCUUGCCGUCAAGAGCAACUAUGCUGAAAACUGCCAGGUGACUGUCGACUGCAACAAGUCGGACAAUGUUGGCACGACUUCAGACUCUCUCGCCGUGGAAAAGACGAUUCCUGCUGGGACGCUGGCUGUGUUCCACCACCUGUUCCCGCUCGACGCCUCGUCCACGUGGCGCUGGGCGUAUCGUCUCAACAUUGUCCGCUGA